UCAGACAUGAAUUGGAAUGUGCUGGCUGGUGUUUUAUUGGUAUUGUACGUGACUGUUACUACUACCAAGGAAAUAAGAGACACUGCCUCUAACAUCCAAAAUGGUUUAUCAGUAGCUAAAGAACUUGGCGACUUUGUUGUGGCCAAAAAUUUCACGAAUGUCAUUGGAAAGCUGGCUACCGCUGUAACCCCUUUUCUUGGGAUAGUUGGGCCCUUCGUUUCCUUCAUCAUGGGAUUUUUCGGACACUCCGAAUCAGCCGAACUUAAAGCCAUUAAACGUCUGUACACAGAAGUUGACAAUCGAUUCGAUAAAGUUGAUUUGCAAUUUAUUGAAGUGAAACGACUGAUUGAUUGGAGUAAAAUACAAAUACAGUAUUCUGAUAUUGAGCAAAAAAUUAAUGCUGUUAACCAAGAAUUCGAAAAUAUCUACAAAUUUUCCAUUGGAGCUGUAAAGACCACUGCUUCUGCCUUCGUUAAAAACUUCGAGAGUGAUUAUCAAAACAGCGGAUCAAAACUCUAUGACGGCAUCAUGAAUGAAGGACGGGUGUUUGGAGAUGGUCUCUUCACUGCUAUCAUCAAAUACAGCGAGUACGACAGAGGGAAAAGCCAAACCUUUAUGCUGGGACUUCUUCAAUUGUUGAUGAAAGCAGCAAAGUUGGAACUGACUUAUCAUCAGCUGAAAGGCCACACAGCAGCUCUACAUGAUUACCAAAACCAAUGGAGAACUCGAUUUACCCAUAUCAGAAUCAAAAUGAUGUCUACAGAUAACUCUAUUGUCAGUCAGUAUCAUACUCAAUCUGGAAAAGAUAUUGACAAUUAUCUUAUAAAACAUCCGAAAAAUACAAUGAACAACAACGACUUCAACAACAUGCUGUAUGGUUUCCUGACUAAAAAGUACUCUUGGCGAGAUUGGCUCACAAUAACAUACAAUGAUAUAACUGGUAGUAAUGUACAUUAUGUUGGAGAGUGUGGCGGUUACCUCAAGUUUAGAAACCAUGGUAGAAACGUGGUGGUCGCAAGUGUUGACCGUCGUAAAGGACACAUCAACAUGGCUCAAGCACAAAGCGUUGUUAACAAUGUAGAUUCCUGCCAUCCAAGGACGGGCUACCGACCACACAAACAUACCGUAUACCAUAGAACAGAUUCAGAUAAAGCCUUCAAUUCAUUCCCAUCGUCAGUCAGAGACCAUUGCGAUCCGUAUGCCGCCAAAGGAGUUAUUUCUUAUAAAAGCCACAAUGGUUAUGACGUUCAUUUCAAAGCUAUUUCUAGUCGAUUUAAGCUCAGAAGUCAAGAAAAUUGCAACUUUGUUUAUGUCUUUGGUUAAUUUUGGCUGUACUUGAGAAAUCAAGAAAAUUCUGAUAAAAAUAAAAAAUUAUUCAAUUUGU